AUGGGUUGGCCUUAUCAUAUAGUCAAGCUCAGCGCAGAGGAGAAGUCGCAACGUCGAGAGCUUCUUGAUCGGCGCUGGGUCUAUCACCGCUCGACUCGGAGAGACGGAUACAGUGCAGUUACUCGGUCUUCAGACUCGAGGACUUCAAGUCCUGGGAAUUCCGUGAGGCAAUGGCGGUCGAUACUGUGGUGGCUCGAAGAUGAAGUCGCUCCCGGCUGGGGUGCAAGGGAGCAUUGGAUUUUGGGUGCAGCAUGGGCGUUGUGGUUGCUAAUUUUGUGCAUUCAUCAGACGGGAACUGACUAUCUUCAUGUAACGAAACGCUUUGGCAUAGUAGCUGCGGCGCAACUACCCACACAUUUUCUGCUUGCAGUCAAGUCUCGCUACAAUCCUUUAGCACUGAUAUUCAACACUUCGUACGAGAAACUGCUACCAUGGCACCGAAUAUCCGGUAGACUGAUAUUCUUUCUGAUUGUGGUCCAUGUGACAUUGUACCUGAACUACUUCGUCCAAACGGCAACGCUGCAAGAGCACCUCACCUCGCUCGAAAUCGUCCUCGGCAUCAUAGCAUUUGUGUCCCUCUUCGCCAUGAUGAGCACCAGCAUUGAGAUUGUCCGUCGGCGCAACUACCGGAUAUUCUACAUCACACACUCGCUGCUUGCAUCUCUACUCCUGAUCUCUCUCACCUUUCACGCAGAGCCUCUACGCUGGUACAUCAUUGAGACACUAGCUGUUACCCUUCUGUCCCUAGCCAGCCGACUAGACACCAUCACCGCGUACGCCAACAUUUCCCGAAUCCCACGAACGAACCUCAUCAGCGUGCAAAUCCCUGUUCCCGCAUCGAAAAUACAGAGAUUCCGAGCGGCGCCAGGCCAACACGUCUUCUUAUCCUUACACACGGAAACAGCGAUGAAGAUGAACUCGUCACUCAUACGGAACAUGUUUCUCCGGAACCCAUUUACUGUGGCGAAUGUCUCGGAGAACAAUGAGAUAACCCUCGUCGCGCGGGUGCAGGAUGGUCCCACGUCCCGAGCCUUGGAUGCUCUGGCGGAUUCAACGGAGAAGCCAAGUUUGGUCAAUAUUUACGGACCGUAUGGGAGUAUCGCACGCUUUUCAAAGCUAGGCAGGAAGUAUGAUCGGAUUCUCAUUGUGGCCGGUGGCGUCGGCGCGACUUUUGCUCUGCCGGUCUACCGUGAACUGAAGGAGCAAGUUGAAGCGGAGGGCAAGGGACAGGAUAGAAUCACAUUUGUGUGGUCUAUGAAAACGCUUGAAGAAGCUGCGUGGGUGAUGCGCUUGGCGGAUGGGCAGGCCUUUACGCAAUACGAGAACGUCAAAGUAUACCUGACCCAGUCCUACCAUAUGCGCAGACAGAAGUCUGCCCCGGAUGAGAGUGUCGAGUUAGAGGAGUUACAACCGCAGAGAACGGUUGUAUGGUCAUCCGCGGAGACUGGACGCCCUGACCUGGGCAACAUCGUGGAUGACGUCCUUGGUGAGUCUGAUGUACGCGUAGCAGUGCUGUUCUGCGGACCGCCAGGCAUGGGGAGGGCAUUACGGGAGAACAUUGGCAGGCAUGCAAGGAAAGGAAGAGAGGUCUUCUGGCAUGCUGAAGCCUUUGGGUGGUGA